ACCAUGUCCUUCAGGAGCAGCGUCUCGCGUCUGCUGCGGACGCAGGUGCGUUGGGUCCUGACGAAAUCCGUCCACUCCGUGGCUGUGAUAGGAGCCCGGUUCUCGCAGGGACAGAAACGACCAGGAGUGGAGGACGGACCCACCGCCGUUCGAGAAGCCGGCUUGUUGAAAAGGCUGUCCAAUCUGGGUUGCCGUCUAAAAGACUUCGGAGAUUUGAGUUUUACUCCAGUCCCCAAAGAUGAUCUCUACAACAACCUGGUUGCGAAUCCGCGGUCAGUGGGCCUUGCCAACCAGGAACUGGCUGAGGUGGUGAGCAGAGCUGUGUCUGGUGGUCAUAGCUGUGUCACUGUGGGAGGAGAUCACAGCCUGGCAAUUGGUACCAUUAGUGGCCACGCCCGGCACUGCCCAGACCUUUGUGUGGUCUGGGUUGAUGCCCAUGCUGACAUCAAUACACCCCUCAGCACUGCAACAGGAAAUCUCCACGGCCAGCCACUGUCAUUUCUCCUAAGAGAACUACAGGACAAGGUACCACAACUGCCAGGCUUUUCCUGGAUCAAACCUUGUAUCUCUUCCCGAAGUAUUGUGUAUAUUGGUCUAAGAGAUGUGGACCCUCCAGAACAUUUUAUUUUAAAGAACUAUGAUAUCCAGUAUUUCUCCAUGAGAGACAUUGAUCGGCUUGGCAUCCAGAAAGUCAUGGAACAGACGCUGGAUCUCCUGAUUGGCAAGCGACAGCGGCCGAUCCAUCUGAGCUUCGACAUUGAUGCAUUUGACCCUACACUGGCCCCAGCCACGGGAACCCCUGUUGCUGGGGGGCUGACUUACCGAGAAGGCAUAUACAUUUCAGAAGAAAUACAUAAUACAGGGUUGCUGUCGGCUCUGGAUCUUGUGGAAGUCAAUCCUCGGUUAGCCGCUUCGGAGGACGAGGCGAAGGCUACGGCUAGCCUGGCCGUGGAUGUGAUCGCUUCGAGUUUUGGUCAGACGAGAGAAGGAGGACAUAUCACCUAUGACCAACUUCCUACACCAAGUUCACCAGACGAAUCAGAAAGUGCAGAGUGUGUGAGAAUUUAG